CAAUUCAAAACAGUACCACACACAACGUCUAUACCUCGACUGUUCUUAUGGCAACCUUAUUCUACGUUCAAUCGGUAAUAUCAUUAAUAAGAUAAUGAUAACGGGGACUACCCCAAGCUAACAAAUUUACGUUGAGUAAUUUUAUUUAUCAUAUGUAUCUCAGUGUCAAAAUCCGAAAUUAUUAACUAAUCGUGUUAAGUUUCAAAGUGUUAAAAUAUGUAGCAACUUAACCUAAUUUGACAUUCUCAUUGUAUUAUUUAUGAACCUAAUUAUUACUUAUUAUUUGAAAUUCUUUCAAGUUCAUAUGGAAUCUUCUUCUAUAUCGAAAUUAAUUAUCAAAUUGUGAAAUUGUAUUUUCACUUUUGCUAAUUGCAUUUUUACAACAUGAGUGACAUGGAACAAUCCGAGAAUGUGGAUAAUGAAAAAUAUGGCAACUAUUAUGCCUUGUUAGUUGCAUUUAAAACUAUGAAUGAACGUUGUCAACAAUUGGAAACAAGAUUAGCUACUGUUGAAGAAGAAAAUAUGUGUUUGAGACUUGAAUGUGGAAAGGAUGAAUCUGCAGCCAUUACAAAAGUUAAUGAUAAUGAAAAAACUAUUGUACAAACCUUGAAGUUUGAUCGACAGGAAAAAAUAGAAGAACUCAAGAAACAGAAAUCCCAACUUACUCACCAAGUUUUUAUGGUAGCAGGAGAAAACCGACAGUUAUGGAAUAGAUUGACUAAAUUAAUAAGAACCAAUAAGUCCUUAGGAAGUCAAUUGACAAAAAUUUCCGAUACACUUAAGCAACAUUCUGCAGCGCAACCGUUAGACAUUGUGUCCUAUAGUUUCCGUGAUAUUUCUAGCUCUGUUAAAGAAGAUAAUAAUCAGCAAAGUACAUUAACCACAAACAAAGGCGAGAAAGAACAAAGUCUAGAAGAGAUAUCACUUAGACUUAUAAAUAGUAUUAUGUUAGAAAAGUCAGAUUUAGAACAACAGUAUGCAGAGAUGGUUGAAUUACAAAAUGGUACUGAACUAGACUUACGAAAUAUUGGCUUUACUUAUCCUGAGGAUUCAGAUACAGAUUUAGAAUUAUUAAAACUGCAUGAUAUUAGACUCUCACAAAUGAAAAACACUUUAUUGGCACAACAGACAAAACUGAAAAGGGCACUGCAAAACUUCAAGAAGAAUAAAGGAGGCUUAAUGUGUAAUAAUUGCCGUACAAAUGCGAAUAAAAAAAUGUGUCAAGCAGGUACUCAAUUUAAUUUCAAUGAAAGUAUUAAAGAGCAUGGUGCAACUCAAACCAGUCUUCAAACUACAAGCCUAUCUUUGGAGAAGUGUUCAAAUAUAACAGAAAAUGCAGAUCAAAACAAUAAAAUUUGUCCAUUAUGUGGAUCAUUUUACGGAAAAGCUGUCACAUUUGCAGAUUUUCAUGAACAUGUUCUGAGCCACUUUAACAAAGAAAUAUCUGUAGAUGGUUUUGAAAUUGUUCACUAAUAAUUGUACAGGAUGGGGGUUAUGGUAUAAACAAUGAAGUACCUUUGAUUUUAUAGAGAAUUUUAUAUAUCUUUGUGGCUUCUUUUUAAAGGAGAAUGGUAAAUGUAAAUAUGACCAACUUUUGUGAAAAGUGUAUUAAUCGUAACUAGAAAUGUUUUUCAUUAUUGAAUUUUAUAAAUUGUUGAUUCAGAAAAGAUUUAAUAAAAACGAACUAUCAUAUAUAAAAGUAAUGAAACUUUACAUAAAUAAUAAAAAAAAUGACUGUUAUUGAUAUUACACCUAUUUUUAUGUUCAUGAAUUAUAGAAAUAUAGAAGAGAUUUAAAAUAUUACCACAAUAUUUGUAAUUGUAAUAAUGUCACAUUUUGAAAUAAAACAAGAAUCAUCAAUA